AUUACCAAUCAUCCAGAAAGCUACCAGUCCAAUAUGAGCUUCUUUCACGAUCAGGACGGUGAUAAAAGGCGACCAAACAUCAGGUUUAUAGGCUCUUGUUUCUUUUGUUCGUUAGACAUCUUACUCCUUCUCUACAAACGUAUAGCCGAUUCACCAACUCACCACCAAUUCCUUCGAUUUCCAUAUACCCCACAAUGGCCAGCUACGUCGUCACCGGUGUUUCCAAGGGUCUCGGGUACGGUUUCCUUACCGUCCUGUCCCGGGAUCCGAGCAGCACCGUCAUCGGCAUCGUUCGGAACAAACCCGCCACCCUUCAGAAGAUCUCGGAGGAUGCGGAGCUGAAGGAUCGUUCCAACAUUCACAUCCUGGAAGGCGAUAUGACCGAGUACGCGACUCUCAAGAAAGCCGCUGCCGAAGCCGCCGAGAUCACCGGCGGAAAAGUGGACUACCUGAUUGCCAACGCGGGUCUCGUGUCGCUGUUUGAUGCCUACGAUCCCAUUGGAGCUCUGGGUGACCGGCCCGAGGAGGUCGACCAGACCUUGAAGACCUUGUACAACGUCAACGUCAUCGGCAACGUCCACCUCUACCACCUCUUCAUGCCCAUGAUCCUCAAGGGCAACGCCAAGAAGGUCGUGGUCAUUUCCAGCGGCUUCGCCGACGCCGAGUUCACCAACAAGUACGACGUCGAGCCCGGCUCUCUCUACGCCUCCAGCAAGGCCGCCAUGAACAUGAUCACCGCCAAGUUCAGCGCCCAGUACAAGAAGGACGGCGUUCUCUUCCUGAGCGUCUGCCCCGGUGUCGUGGACGUGGGCCACUACAAGGACGCCACCCCGGCGCAAAUGCAAAACGUUGGCGCUCUGAUGACCAAGUUCCUCGAGUACGCCCCUCACUUCAAGGGCCCAGAUACCCCCGUGCAAUCCGCCGAGGCGGUCAAGUCGGUCUGGGAGAAUGCGACCUUCGAGAAGGAGGGCGGCGACUUCCUUUCUCACUUUGGCAACAAGCAGUGGCUGUAAGCUAGCGAAGCUCAGAAUAGGAAGUUCGGGUGGGGGAGUAAGGAAACGUCAACAUUCAUAGAUACUGGACUAGUAUAUAGCGAACAUGCAGUUUUUUUCUUUCAC